CUCAAUCUUUCGGAGCUGGUCGUUUUGAGGCCAGUUUCCUGUUGCAUGUGUGCUCCUAUUCUCAUCUGUCUGUAGUACACUUGUCUAUCUUAUCCUGCUUUUCUUGGUUGGGGGUGCUUCGUUUGGCACUUGUAGACCCCUCCUCAAUCGCCGAGGGUCUCGCCGCCGUGACAUUAACCAGUUAUUAUUCCAUCCCUCACAACUCAGUCCAUCGCAUUCAACCAUCGCUUCAGGCUGGCUGGUCAUCCAAACUACCUCCUUGUUGCCUGAAGAGACAGCUUCAAAUCAACCGAUCAGUGCCUGGCUGCUCCUAUACCUCUGAAUCUGUAUUGUCGUGUCUCGGCGCAACCAGCGCUCGUCCUGUUCUUCGACGUAAUCGAUCCCACGGCCCUCCCGCGGGAGGCGGCGAUUUCGGACCAUGACCCGCGCUUCAGCGCCUCCGCUGCUGCUCCAACUUCAAACAGCGGACUCUUCCUCGGCGCAGGCAGCGGCUUUGCGAAGCUUGAAGAAUGAGACAAUAGGCCAUGACCAGCGGAAAGAGGCUUGGGUGCGGUGGGGGAUCAUCCCCGUACUAGCCAAUAUCCUCGCAGCCCGUCACGGCAAGGACAUUGUUACACCAGAACCCAACGGGGCCGCAAAGCUUCGUUGUCCACAGUCAGAGGAUGAUGAGGCGUGCCUACAAGCAAUCGUGAUCAUGAGUAGCCUAGCUCAAGGCGGUGCCUCCUUUCUCUCUCCCAUCCUGUCCAGUGGCAUACUCUCGACGCUCCUGAACAUCUUGUCCAAACCUGACUGUCCCUCAUUCUUCAUCCUUCCGAUCCUUCGAACGUUGAAUAAUGUGGCCGACCGAUUACCGUUACAGAGUCAGCAACGAUCGUUUAAAGAUACCCGGCUAGCCGACCUCAUCUUCUCUGGCGAGUAUAUUGGCUGCUUGGCUCGCAUCCUGGGCCGCGACUACGGCAACUAUCACGAUCAGGCAGCCAUCGAGCUUGCUGCAUCCCUCAUCGGGAAAUUGUGUACGGAGGAGUCUCACAAGGCGGUCUUGGCGGAGUGCGGAGUAUUGGAUGCCUUGGCGGUGAAAGUCGCCUCGUUCGUGGCCGCGCAGGGCUUCGUCUACCCUGGUGCCGAAGAGCACGUUCAAGAGCCUGGAGCUCUGGGCACUAUGCCACCCCCGGCACCCCCGGGGGCCAAACUGGCACCCAUCCUCCGCGCGGUUACCGUUAUUGUGGAGCACUCCAAAAACCGCGCGGAGCAUUUCCUUUCUUCGCCAGGCAUCGUCACCGUAUUCCCAAAGCAGCUGGCUGAGUUCGCUCCGUGGGAUAUAAAGCGAGGGCCAUGGGGUGCUACCUAUCUGUCCGGAUCAGCAGUGCCUCGGCAUGCAGGGGCUAGUCCAUUGGAGUACUUGUUGCCGUCGGUACCUCUGGCGCAAAGCAAGGCAUCCCCUAGCACUUCCAAUUUCCCUCCUCUGGGCCACCAUGGUAAUACGCAUCGUCGACACAGCCACUCAUUUUCGACACCUCUAUCAAACUUCGAGACACCUUCUCCUGAGGAGGAAGAAAAUGCGGUCGUUCCAUGGCUUUUGUAUAUCGUCCGAAGCGAAAGCGGGAUGGUGCGCCUGAUGGCGGCCCGUCUCGUUACAGUUCUGUUUCGUCUUGGGCUGACAAAGAAGCAUCGCGUGUCCAUGCUUUGUUAUUUGAUGAUUCCUGUUUUGAUUCGCAUGCUGGACAAGGAUUAUGAAGUGACCGCUGAUGAUGGAGUGCAGUACGGAGGGUUAAUCCCUUCUACCGAACGUCUCCGAGAAGAAGCCCCAUUUGUGUUAGCGAUGCUGGUGAUUGAUGAUCACGAAUUACAGAAGCAUGCUUAUGAGGGAGGCGCUAUCAAACGGUUGUCGCAGUUGUUGAAAGAGACCUACAACCCAGUUCAAGAUAGUGUUAACCCCAUGUGGCACGCGGACGGCGAAGAGGGCCUCUCGGGCCCUGAUACUACCACCCCUGAAUGUCAACUAGGUCCUUCAGGCUUUUCCCCACUUCACUGUCACGUCAUGCGAUAUCGGGAGAACAUUCUGAAGGCCUUGGCGGCUUUGGUUCCCUUCAAGGACGAGUAUCGCAAAGCCGUCUGUGAGAAUGGAGUAGUACCAUACAUCAUCGACUCACUCAAGCCGUGCUCGGAAGAUUUGUCGGGAGACACAUCGACUCCGAAGAAUACCGUGGCCGAUGGGAAUCCCACGCCUACCCUGCUGGCAGCCUGCGGGGCCGCACGCAUGCUCACCCGCUCGGUGAGUGUUCUACGCACGAGUCUAAUUGAUGCGGGUGUUGCGACCCCUUUGUUUGUCUUGAUCAAACACCCCGACAUCGAAGUCCAGAUUGCAGCGACGCAAGUCAUCUGUAACCUGGCUUUGGAUUUCAGUCCGAUGAAAGAGGCGAUCAUUUCGGCCGACGUUCUUCCCAUCCUGUGCGAGCAUGCUCAUUCCCAGAGCACCAAGUUGCGGAUAGAAUCGCUCUGGGCCUUGAAGCAUGUGGCAUAUAACUCCACCAAUGAUGUAAAAAUCAAGAUUAUCGAAGGGUUAGGCGCGGAGUGGAUCAAGCAGAUUAUUACCCAGGAUCCUACAAUCGCCUUGACCAAGCGCGGUCUGGACGAUGAGAUGGACAGUAAUACCAGCGCGGGUAUGAGCCGAGCCAACUCAGCCGGCGAGCAGGUAGACCUGCUGAAUCCGGUAGUGAGCGGCGAGGACGAGGAUAUGAAGAUGGCUGAUACGCUCCCGUCGCACAAAAUCAGCCUAGACAUGUUUCUCCCCGAUGCCACUCGGCGGCGCAGGUUGACUUUGCAGGGUGACCUCGACCAGACGACGCGUGCCCGCCAGGACGAUAUUGCGGUGCAGGAACAGACGUUCGACCUGCUGCGCAACAUCAUCUGCGGGCCCGGGGCAUCGGAAAUGAUCGAUCAUCUGUUCAAGGAGAUAGGACAAGACCUGUUCUUGGAUGCGCUGGCAGAUAAACUGCGGCCGCGUUCCAUCUCCCUCCCGCCUCGACGUGAUGUGCCAACCUCGCGCACGUUGUCCGUCCCAACCGAGAUCUUGGUGUCGGUGACGUACGUGAUCAUUCACUUGGCGGCUGGCCUGCCGCGGCACCGGCAGCUGCUGCAGCUGCACCCGGAUUUGCUGAAGUGUCUCAUGACGUACUUCAACCACAGCCAGCGCGAUGUCCGGAUCAACUGCGUGUGGGUGGUGAUCAAUCUGGUGUACCAGGACGACUCGAGUGAUCGAGAGGGAUGUCGGGAUCGCGCGAUUCGGAUGCGGACGAUGGGGGUGAUGGAACGGCUGGCCAGUCUAGAGGAUGAUCCAGACCUGGAUGUGCGCGAGCGGACCAAAACGGCGCAGGAUAUGGUGAAUUCAUUGACCCAUGCAUAGCGAUGCUUCUGUCUGGAAAGGGGGACCUUGCGGUUGCGAUGGGCGGCGUUGGAUGGCACUGAAUGUAC